GUCACUGUGCGGGAGUGGUCACUGAGGGAUGUGUGGUACCGCGUAACUGAGUGUGACUGAGGAAAAAGACCCGGCGUAGUUUCUCCGCGUAAUACGCUCUCGCUCUUUACCCCCCCGGACGGAAGAAAGAAAAAAAAAAAAGAUAGAACUAGCAGUACCGAGAGUCUAGUCAGUUUUCGGCCCCCCUCCCGAGUUUACGCGAGACUACGGAAAUACGCUGACCGUAUAUUUAUUUAAGUAUUUAUUGUACAAAAGACUUUAAUUAUAGCCGACACAAUGUCCGUCGAUAAAGAGGAAUUGGUACAGCGUGCAAAACUCGCCGAGCAGGCAGAGAGGUACGAUGAUAUGGCAGCCGCGAUGAAGGCAGUUACCGAAACGGGAGUCGAGUUGUCGAACGAAGAGAGGAACUUGUUGUCUGUUGCGUACAAGAAUGUCGUUGGCGCUAGACGUAGCUCGUGGCGAGUCAUCUCCUCCAUUGAACAGAAAACCGAAGGUUCCGAGCGCAAACAGCAGAUGGCCAAGGAAUAUAGGGAAAAGGUCGAGAAGGAGCUACGUGAAAUCUGUUACGACGUAUUGGGACUCCUUGAUAAGUACCUGAUCCCUAAGGCUAGUAAUGCCGAGAGUAAAGUAUUCUACCUCAAGAUGAAGGGCGACUACUACAGGUAUCUCGCAGAAGUUGCUACCGGAGAAACCAGAAAUGCCGUGGUAGACGACAGUCAGAAGGCAUACCAGGAUGCGUUCGAAAUCAGCAAGUCAAAGAUGCAACCUACCCACCCGAUCAGGCUAGGUCUCGCCCUGAACUUCUCCGUUUUCUAUUACGAGAUCCUCAACUCUCCAGACAAGGCCUGCCAGCUGGCCAAACAGGCGUUCGACGAUGCGAUCGCAGAGUUGGACACACUUAAUGAGGACAGCUACAAAGAUUCCACGUUAAUUAUGCAGCUUUUACGCGACAACCUCACUCUUUGGACCAGUGACACGCAGGGCGAUGCGGACGAAGCACAGGAGGGUGGAGAUAACUAACCUUCCUAAGCUUAAGUCCUUUCUAACCUAAUAAGAACAUCCUAUUCUCUAUCGUCCCCCCCGUCCCUUGAAGUGCUCACCCAUCCAUCUACCCGAGAUCGAUUUAUUCAUUCGCCUGUCCUUUCGUCCCUCACGUAUUUCGCCAUUCUCUCUCUCUCUCUCUCUCUCUCUCUCUCUCUCUCUCUCUCUCUCUCUCUCUCUCUCUGUGUGUCUGUCCCCUCCCUCCCGCCCCCUCCCUUUCUCUCUCUCUCUUUCUAUAUAUAUAUAUAUAUAUAUCUAUAUCCCAAUCUCUAUCUUCUUCUGUUUGUCACUUUCUAUUUCUUUUCUAUUUCGUUCAUCAAUCUCAGUUAUCUGCUCUAUUUUGUAUUCUCUCUUUCUCAUUCCCAGUUUUGUUAUUCGGUUUUGUUCUCUUCGGGUUUCCUUCUUCCCCCCUUCCUUCCUUUUUUUCCUUCUUUUUUUCUUCCCUUCCUUUCUUCCAUCCACUUUUUUCAUUCGCAAGGACGACACCGCCUUUUUUUUCCGGAUCCUUAUUUCCUUAAUCUCCUUCUCUAAAAUUAUAAUCUCCCUCCCUAUGUUCUAAUGCGACCGCACACUGCUGCCAAUAACACCGCUACAGCUGUUACACCCAGUUCGAAUGCUCGAACACGAGAGAAUUUCGCUCUCGACCGUAUCCUUUCAUAAAGGAUCGAUUCACGUGCUGGUCGCCGAGUAUACUCGCUAUUAUCACUUGUUAAAAAAAAAAAAAACUUGAAUUUGAUUUUCAAUCUCAAAAAGAGAAUGUUAAUCUACGAUAUAGGUGAAGGGGGGAAGAAGGGAAAGAGAGAGAGAGAGAGAGAGAGAGAGAGAGAGAAACAGAGAGACAGAGGUAGACAGAGACAGACGAAGAGAAAAUAAAAUAAUGCGAAGAAAAAAAAUUAGCGAAUUUAUGCGAGAUUAAUGUAGGAUAUUGCGUAAUCACGUUAUGCGGCCCUUGACGAAAGGAACCGGUCGAGUCGUGAAUUUCAAAAGGAGAAUUACUCGAUCUCUGACAACAAGUUUAUCCGAGGGAAGCGUACCGAUUCGUGUUUGUGUAGAAGAAACAGGAAAGGAAAGAAAUUGAGGACGAACAGAAGAAAGGACAGGAAUAAUUUCGCAAACACUGUCUCGUUGUACAACGUUAUCGAAUGAAAGAUAUAGUACUGAACGGUAUAGAAAAGGACACAAAAAUAUAUGUAAUAUUACAAAUGAGAAAGAAAUAAUCGCCAACAAAUAACGGGAUGUUAAUGAUGUUGUUCAAACUGUGACUGAUUAAGAAAAAGUGUUGAAUUAAGAACUAGUCUUUGAGGGAUAUGUGAAACAGAAACACAUAUCGAUAUCGCUGUUAAGGCGAGACACAGAAUGCGAAAAAUAGUCACGAAACGCUGGUCACUACUCCCAAAUCCGCUCACUAUUUACCAUCUGAAGUAUCGUUGAACGAAACAGAGAUUCGAGAAGAAACAAAAUGAAAGGAAGAAAAGCACGCAUGAAUCUAAUUACAUUAUAUCCAGUUGUCAUUAAAUUAAAUUUCACAUUGUCUAGCAAGUACGAUAUUAUUAUACGAAGGGAAGAACGCAGGAGGAGAAAGGAGAGCAAAAAUACAUUAAGUUAUUAAGUUCCAAAACACAUCAGUGGUGUGACUUAAUUUUUACAUUUAAUUUUUACUUUCUACAUAUUGCACGUUUGUAAUACGCAAAAAAGUCUGAUGCAUAUACACGCGUGCGUGCAAGCACAAAAUACUACAUUCUAUGUGCAUAUUCUGCUCCUGUUUUUCAUUUCAUUUCCUAUUUGUACACGUGCCCAUGUGUAUAUGAUUUACAAAUGAGAUCAUUUAAAACGACUUUUUUGCUUUUACAUAUUUAUUUCAAAAUUUGAACUUGUAUCCUUAUCAUAGUUGCCGUAUUAUUGAGGUGAGUGAAGCACAUAAAUUUAGAAAUGCAUUUUUUUAUCUAUCGUCUGCCAUGACCGUCCGUUGCUUAAAACAUGAAUAUCUAAGAAGGAAGGGGACACUUGGUUUUCAUUUCUGAAUAGCAAAUCAAUACGUGACUAUCUUUUGAGAAACUUUUCUCUUUAUAUUUUGUACAUUCUGACUUUUAACUAAUUCUUGAAAGUUACGUCCAAGUUACGUCUCUGUUUCUUUUCCACCUGCUCCUGUUCGUCUUCAUUUCUCCUCCUCUUUCUCUUCCUCUUUAUGUUUCUCUUGCUCUCGCUACCUUUCACCCUCUCCAUUUCUUCUCCUCCCUUCUAUCUUUCUUUCUUCCCCUCUUCCGUAUAUAUGUUAUAAUAUAUAUACAUAUAUUAUACACAGUAAUAUGUAUACAAUUGAUAUUUACCAGAAACUCGAUCGCUAAUAUCACGAUAAAAGAAAAGAAAAGAGAAGAAAAGAAGAAAACGAAAACGAAAAUUAUACGUACGCGUGUAAAAAAAAAAUUAUAUUGUCCUGAUAUUCCCUUUUAACAUACAUACGUACCUACGCAUGCAUCUAUACUUGUUUGUAUAUAUGUAUGUGCGUGAGUGUAUGCGUGUAUAUAUAUUAUAUAUAUAUAAUAUUCAGUUUUGUAGCCAUGAUCGAUCUCGUGGGUAUCGUUGAUAGAAGGUAAUUCGUUACAUCCUGCAAUUUUGCAAAUUUAUAAAACAACUAUUCAGAGUGUCUUCUAAGCAUUAUUUAUAAAUUUGAUUAACAAACAAAUCGCAAGAAGAAAAGAAAAAAGUGCAAAGUUGGCAGAAUGAAUUCUUAUUUGUUUCUCAAGGGUUGAAAGCUCCGUUUUAGAUUUUGAUCGAUCGCGUAUACACCAUCACAGACUUCUAACAACAAUAAAAUUUCUUUCUGGCAUCUCGGGGUGACGGAUUUUAAAUCGGCGGAUCGGAGACGUAUAACGGUCUGUGAUCGGCUCGACCGAAACCUCGAUGAAAGGGACGAACGUUGCCAUUUAAAAAAUGGAAAGGAUAACAAAUGAAUAACAAUAACGAUAAAUUGAAAUCAACGCGUCCAAAUGCAACGGAUACGUUCGGUCCAGGGGCGGAUUAACGUGUAUAUAUGUAUGAAUCGAGUGCUUCUAAUUAUUUGAGAAAUACGACAAGUCCGUUUUGUAUUUUACUUAAAUUCUAAGUAACAAUUCCUAAUUUUUCACCGAUCGAAAUAAAUGAAAUUCCAUUUAUUUCUAUGUUAAAAACCAAUCAUUCUUUUUUACGAUAUUAAAAAUAAACGAACGUUAAAUAUUCA